AUGGGAUCCCUGCAACAUAUGCCGUCACUGCAGAAGCAUCUCGUCCACCAAGGCACUACGUUUGAGAGACAUUAUUGCUCUACUGCUAUAUGCUGUCCUUCGCGCGUCAGCCUUUGGACUGGACAACUUGCUCACAAUACCAAUGUAACAAACGUGAAUCCUCCAUGGGCAGGAGGAUAUCCCAAGUUUGUCCAAAAUGGCUACAACGACCACCAUCUAGCCCUCUGGCUGCAGCAGUCCGGCUACAACACUUACUACGUGGGCAAACUCUUCAAUGCUCACACCAUUUACAACUACGACUCGCCUCACGUUAGCGGAUAUACACAGUCAAACUUCUUUCUCGACCCCUUCACGUAUCAGUACUACAACGUCAGCACCACCAAGAACGGGGCACCGCCGACCAACCCUGUUGGCAAAUACUCUACUGACAUCGUAGCCGAGAGCGCCAACGAAUUCCUCGACCAUGCUCUGCAGGACGACUCUCCUUUCUUCAUCACUCUCGCCCCAAUUGCCCCUCAUGCACUGGUGGGCGAAGGUUCUUUGGGGGGCUUUGAUCCCCCGCAAGUUGCGCAACGGCACGAAGGCCUCUUUCCCGAGUACAAGAUUCCCCGGACGCCAAACUUCAAUCCUGAUUCUCCAAGUGGUGUGAGCUGGGUAUCGAAACUUCCCAAGUUGAACGAUACCAUCCUUGAUUAUAACGACGAGUAUCAGAGGCGGCGUCUCAGAUCUCUUCAGGCCGUGGACGAGAUUGUUGACUCCGUUGUUGAUCGCCUUGAGCAAGCCGGCGUGUUGGGAGAUACCUUUAUAUUUUACACCUCCGACAAUGGCUACCACAUUGGCCAGCAUCGAUUGCAUCCCGGCAAAACAUGUGGGUUCGAGACCGAUAUCAAUGUCCCUCUAGUCGUCCGCGGUCCUGGAAUCCCUGCGCAGAGAGUGACACAAGUUUCCUCCUCCCACACAGAUCUCGCUCCAACAAUCUUGCAAAUAGCGGGCAUCGAAAUUGGCGAUAAGAAAUUCGAUGGGACGCCCAUUGACAUCUAUGGCAAAGAGACUGAAUCUCGGUCGGAGCAUGUUGCCGUCGAGUUUUGGGGAUUUGGACUUGCAGAGAGCGUCUUUGGCAGGGAGAAUGGCUCGCCCAUUUAUCUCAACAAUACUUACAAGGGGCUUCGUAUUGAGGCAGAGGAUUAUGGAUUCUACUACUCCGUCUGGUGUCACAAUGAAAAGGAGCUCUAUGACAUGAAGGCUGACCCAGGUCAACUACACAAUCUCCUCUCCUCAAAAGAGAGUCGCAUUGACGCUACUAUUACCAUUGCUGAUAAACAAUGGCCCCUUGGAAAGAUCGCUGACCGACUGGACGCCCUGAUGAUGGUUCUCAAAUCCUGCAAGCAGCAAUCUUGCGCACAUCCCUGGAAGAGUCUGCAUCCCACAGGCGACGUCCGAAACUUUCACGAUGCACUCUCCACAGAGUAUGAUGAUUUCUACAGUGAGCAAGUGAAAGUGAGCUUCACCAAUUGCGAAGCUGGAUACAUCAUUGAGUCGGAAGGACCCCAAGGCUUCCAUACUUUUGAAGCUGGAGAGGGUUACGCUGAUGGUGGUUUCUAUGAGACGCCGGAGCAACGAGCUUUGGUCAAUCCCAACUGGAGUCUCUGGGAAUAG